GGCAUGCGGGCGGCGAGGCCUUAUGGGAGUUGUAGUUGCAGAAGAGCGUCUUUUCCGGGGUGGGGGGUGCCUCCCUUCGCCCGAUCGCCCGCUUUGCCUGGCGGGAAAGCGAGUCCCUGACGGCGCGCAGAGAAGCGGCGCAUGCGCGGAGAGGUGCCUGCCUGCCUGCCUCGCCUGUGGUAAACAGAGUGCCGCCGAGGCGGCGGGCUGCUCUCGUGGCUCCGCGCUCGCUCGGCAGAGGAGCGGCCAGGCCGCGGCGGGAGGCGGGCGAAGGCAGCAGCGAGCAGCGAGGCCGGCCCGGGGAGGCCCGCGGCGUUGGUCCCGGAGCUCCGCGGGCGCUUCCCCGCCGGGCGCCCGGCCUGAGGCGCUGAUGUGGCGGCGCUAAGAGGCGGCGGCGGCGGCGGCGCCAUCAUGGCGGAACCGGCCGGGAGCCCCCAGGCGGCCGAGUCCUCCUCCUCCUCCUCGUCGCUGGCCGCGCUGGACCCGGAGUUCCUCCCGCAGAGCCGGCCGCGUUCCUGCACUUGGCCGCUGCCCCGGCCCGAGCUGGUGGCCGUGGUCGAGCCGGAGCCCGGGGACGCGGCGGCCAGCCCCGAGGAGCCCGGCGGCGGCGGCGGCGGCGGCGGGGGGGAGCCCGGCGGGAGCGCGUGGGGGGCGGCGUCGGGGUCGGUGCCGGGGGGCGUCGGGGGGUCGCGCAAGGGCGGCGCGGGGUCGGGCGGGGCGCGGCGCAACGCCUGGGGCAGCCAGUCCUACGCCGACCUGAUCAGCCAGGCCAUCCAGAGCGCGCCCGACAAGCGGCUGACCCUGGCGCAGAUCUACGAGUGGAUGGUCCGCUCCGUGCCCUACUUCCGCGACAAGGGCGACAGCAACAGCUCCGCCGGCUGGAAGAACUCCAUCCGGCACAACCUCUCCCUGCAUAACAAGUUCAUCAAAGUGCACAAUGAGGCCACUGGGAAGAGCUCUUGGUGGAUGCUCAAUCCAGAAGGCGGCAAAAGUGGGAAAGCCCCACGGAGGAGAGCGGCCUCCAUGGACAACAGCAGCAAACUGGCCAAACUGCGAGGGAAAACACACAGGAAGAAGCCGGCCAUGGCAGCUGCUCCGGAACCGACGGCUGACAGCCCGGUCUCCCAGUUUCCCAAGUGGCCAGGCAGCCCUUCUUCCCGGAGCAACGAGGACUCGGAGGUGUGGACCAGCAUCCGGCCUCGGACCAGUUCAAAUGCCAGCAGCGUGGGCCUCUCCUCGGUCCUGGCCGAGCAGGACGACCUGGCCGACGAGGAGCUGCUCCCCACCCUCGUUUACUCCAGCGCCUCCAGCAACGUGCCUCCCACGGUAACGGAGGAGCUGGAGCUCAUCGAUGGCCUGAACUUGAUGUCAGCCAGCUCCUCAUCCUUGCUAGCCGCUCAGCAGCCGGCCCAGAGGAACCCCAGCUUCCCCUUGCGAGCCCCCAGCUCCGCCACUCAGGCCUCGGGCUCCUUUGGCAGCUCCCUCUUCAGCCCCAUGGACCAUCUGCUGCCUGGCUCGGCCGGCCAUUUCUCCCAGUCGCUGGAGGAGCUGCUAACGUCCAACUCGCCACCUGCCAGCGAUGUGAUGAUGACCCAGGUGGACCCGAUUCUCCCGCAGAGCGGAAGCCGGGUGAGCAGCCAGAGUUACCUGCUCCUGGGGGACCAGCCAUCCAAGGCCAAGAUGAGCCUGGGGAGCCUGCUCAGAAAGCCUUUGGAGCAGCAGCUGGAGUCCAUUGGGGCCACUGCUUUGCCCUCCGCCUUCACCAUGGCGGCAUCUUCUCAGAGCCCCGUCGGCCUGUCCGCUUUGAAGACUCCGGGCUCAGCACCGUCUGCCCAGCUGGGCCCCCAGCCCGCUCUGUCUGCCACUUUCCCGGCCUUUGACGGGAAUCAGGAUAAGCUGCCCAACGAUUUGGAUGUUGAUAUGUACAUGGAAGACCUUCAGUGCGAUGUGGACUACAUCAUCAGCACCGACCUCAUGGACGGAGAAGGACUAGAUUUCAACUUUGAGCCCAUUCCGUCUACUCCGAGCUACCCGAGCACAUCGCAGGCUUCCAAUCACAGUUGGGUCCCCAGCUAACUUCGUAUGGACAAAGUGCCCUUCUGCUUCAGGAGCUUUACACACCCAGAAGAGUCUGGAAUGCCAGGAGCUCUGGUGCCCGCCUUGGCCCUGCACGCGGGCUGGGCGCGAGAGGCCAGCUGCCAUGGGAAGAGAGAUCCUGUCCAGUGCCAUGUCUUUUCCUGAAUCCAGCCUACGCCAUUCUCCCAGCAGGCCUCGGCCAGAUUCUUCCUGCCCCGAAGAAGCCUUUCCAAAGGGAUGGGCUUCCGGCCCAGCCACGAUAGGUCUGGACUCACCAGCCGAUUCCUGCCUCACCUCUCAUUUGACUCGGUACACUACGCCUCCAUGGAUGGGAAGAGGAGCAGCCAACCUCAGGGCUGCUUGAGUGGAGAAGUCCUGUCCUUUGUGCACUUGUCCUGCCUUGAGAGCAGCAGGUGGGGAGGGAGGGCAAGCUGUCCUCUGGAGCAAGGAGAUCACUGGGUUCGAUCUUGACUAGACAGUCCUGGCCAAGAGGCCCUCCCUCCUGGAAAUGCAGGCCUGGCCUGGCCUGGCCUCUCGAGGGCCCCAUCUGGACCUGGUCACGGAAAGCACUUUCCUGCAAGUGUGGCUGCCCUCAAGCAGGUGCUAAAAGCCGUUGCUGAGAAACCAAAACGCCUUCUCUGGGUUUCUCUCUAUGCUGCAGUAGAGAAACAGGAAACCCGGACCUGGCCUUAACCAGAGCCCUGAUCGGAUUUUUUUUCUUCUUUUUCUAACCUGGAAGGGCAUUUUAUACAGAUGGAACUAUUUUGGUGGCGUUUUUCUAUCUUACCCUUUUUUGUUUGGACGGGGCUUUUUGUGAUAGCCUCAGGCCCAUUUUACACGUCUUUGUGUGCCUUUUCUCCCCUCACUUGGCAUGUCAGCAGCAGCUGUGCUAUUCCAAGUUGUCUCCAGAACAGGAGGGCGGCUUCGGGGGUGCUUUAUAGCUGGGCGGGGAGGAGGGAAAGGGGCACCAAGCUAGCCUUAUUCUUUGGAAUUGGGGUAGGUGAGGGGCUGUAGAUAAAUACCUGUAAAGUUAGCAGCAGAUUAACUAGAAGCUUUUGUUAAACAAAAAAUGGGGAGGGGGGGAAGAGAAAAAUCCUGUCUAUAUUUUAACAGAAAAUCCUAUGAAAUGAUUGGCUAAAAGUAAAGGACAUUUUCUUAACAGCUUUAUAAGUUUUGAUACCAGAGAGAACACUAAAGUACACGAUGCCAGGAAUUGAGCUGACGAAUGGAUAAUGGGAAAAUGGGGGUGGGGGGGCAAGGGGUGGGUCUUAGAUAAGACUUCGAGUCUCCUUCUCCGAGGAAAGGAGAGUCCGAGCUCCUCGGAAACACAAAGCUGAGCAUCUUGUAUUCCUGGGAGGAAUUUUGGGUGCUCUAAGCCUGGAGGUAGCAAGGGCGCAGCUGCCCCUCUGGACACGUGGAGCCCUCGACCUCUUGGUGCAGAAGCCUCUGCGGGAGAAGCCGCUGCCUGCUGACUGACAGCUCACUCGGGCGGGGGUGGUUGUGGCCGGGUCUGCUUGUUGUACAGCCUGGCUGGCAAUACUCAGAGUGUAGCAGGGAUGGCAGUUGCUUUGUCCUUUGCAUCCAGCAUGUUCUCAGGUGAUCUGGCUUGCCCUGAAAAGACCAGGGGAGGGAGGGAGGGUUGCAGGGACAAAGAGCCUCAGAAACCAUUUUCCAGUGUUCCUCCUCCUUGACGAGGGGAGAUGGGGUGGGCCAUUGGGCAUGCUUGGGGAUUUCCCAGAAGGGCUGGACGGGAGAAGGUGGGCGUCCAGUGUAACCUGCAAGAUCCUUCAGCAAGGCAGUUUCCAGAUUUCCUUCCAUUCUCUUCUUGCAGCUGCCCAAAGUCUUUUGUGGUGAACGCGAGGAAAGGCCAAAAAUGUCAGCCUGGGAGAUUUUGCUCGCCUGCCUGCCCGCCCUGCUGUGGAAUGGUGACUUUCAGAGAAGUUGGCCCAGUUGAGAAGAAAGGGGUGCCAACCGGGAGAGAGGGUGCCCUGGCCUCCCACUGCCAGGAAGCUGUUCUGCCAGUUUGCUUCCUCCAAGCGAGGACUGGCUAAUUAUGGGAAUGUGCUGCUCCCUCCCCUCCUUUGCAUGGAGCAUUGUUGAUAGAAGGGAUCCUGACUGGGAUCAGAGAGAACCUUGCACUGUGCUGCAAGCAGAGUCGCAGAGCUAUGGAGAUCCUCGGUCAUCCAGAUUGUGGUGGUCCCAAAGGUGCUUCCCCCCCCCCCCACCUCCCCGAAAGGCAACUGGACUUCUUUGGUUUUCUCCUUAGAAACAUUUUGCUUCUUCAGUUCUGAAGAGAUUCUUGGAUGAGAAGCAAAAUGUUUUCAAGGAAAAAAACAAAAGCCCAGUUGCCUUUUGGGGAGUGGGGGGGAAGCACAUUUGGGACCAAAGGUAGAGACGUAAGUUGCAAUCCCAGUAUCAGUCUGUAAAGAUCUGCAGGCAUCUAAUUCCCCCCCCCCUUAACAGCUGCACUAAUAGGGCUCCCUGGGUCAUCUGGCCGAGGAAGGUAUCGGAACCUUUGGGUGGGUUUUAGUCAUCUCUGCCCCGUGUAAAGGAGGGACCUUCCCCUGCCCCACUCCCUGCUUUUGGGAUACCCUGCUUUGCAAGGAGAGCAUGGUUCUGCUUUGAAGGAAGGCAGCAAUGUGUCUUCUGUGGUAGGAGUCAUCGGAUCCGCUGGGAUCCAGGACAAGAGACACGAGGAUCCUGGGGGCUUGAUGAGCUACUUCCACCAGGAUGUUGGUAGGGAUCCAAGGCCGCCUUCAUGCAGUUGUACAUCAAUUCUGCUUGCGUGCUUGGCGUUGCGAUGGGCUUGUUGGGCAUUGGAGUCCCAAAUCCUUGGGGGCUGGAGGUCCUCACCCGGGCCUGGCCUGAGAAGGAACCUUCCACCUGGAGGAGGGGGGGGUGCCUGCUGUGGGUUCGAGCUCUCCUGCCUGGCCCUUGGGGGCCUGGAGAGGAGCUGCUGGACCCCCCUCCAGGGUUUGACUCCCUCCCCUCCUGAAUAAAGGCUGUGUCCCCUCCUGCAACAGGAUCACUGUCCAGGCAUUCUCUCUCUCCCUUGCCCCCCCCCCGCCCAGUUUUUGUGGAUUUGCUGGAGGGCAAAAUGUGACAAAUAAACCUUUAUAAUCCUCUGUC